AUGGAGGUAUGUGACGCAUCUGAUAACGCACAUUGGAGACUAGGAGGAGGAAGGAUCCGUGUCUUCCAGGAUAUUAUUGAGCAGAUUCAAGAACGACCUGUACCUGUUAAUGACCUAGGUCCAGACAUUGUUCUGUGGAAGCAUAAUCAGAAUGAUUAUAAGGAGUUUUUUUCAGCUACUAGGACUUGGGAACAAAUCAGAGUCAGACGUGAGAGAGUGGAUUGGAGCACUGUGGUAUGGUUCACGCAGGCUGUUCCUAGAUUCUCUUUUAUUACUUGGCUUGCAAUAAAGGAUCGGCUGUCUACAGGAGAACGUAUGAGGGUGUGGGGUUUACAUCAGGAGUGCUUGCUGUGUGGGGAGAGGAAUGAGACUAGAGACCAUCUAUUUUUUGCAUGUCCUUACAGCUAUAUGGUUUGGCUACGAGUGACGGGAAGACUUUUUGGUACUCGUAUAACACCAGAUUGGCAGGAUACUGUUGCAAGGAUACGCUAUGAUCGACGGUCAAAGCUGGAUACAGUCCUUGUCCGAAUGGUCUUUCAAAUGACAGUUUACCAUAUUUGGAGGGAGAGGAAUGUAAGGAGACAUGGGAAAGCUUGGAUACCUUAUGAGAAGCUGACCUCUCAGAUCGAUAAGACUAUGAGGAACAGAAUCUCUUCUCUGAAAUAUUCCUAUGGGGAUAAGCUAGCAGGACUGAUGAGGCGUUGGUUUGAAGUGACGAUGUGA